AUGGAUACCACAACAAUAUCUGAUAUCAGAAAUUCAAAAAUAUCAAUUAAUAUAGCUGAAAAUAGGGAACAAUUUGGAAAGAAAUUUACAGAAUAUAUCAUUGAUAUUACAAAUUCAAAUGGUCAUGAAUAUACAAUUGCAAGAAGAUUUUCAGAAUUUCAUUCACUUUAUGAAUUGUUAGUUCAUAAUUAUCAAAUUCAAUUCCCAUUUCCACCUAAAAAAUUAAAUAAAUUAAAUGUUAAUAUUAUAGAGAUUAGAAAGAAGGCAUUACAAGACUUUUUAAAAUUUUUAGUUAUCCAUCCAUCGGCAUCCGUAAGAAAAUCUGAUGAUGUAAUUAGAUUUUUGGAUCAAAAUACAGCAAGUUUUAAUAAUAAAUUAAUUAAAGAGAAAUUAACAUUCGAACAAGUUAAUCAAAAAAAGAAAUCAGUUAAAUUAGAAGUAUCAAUUGUGGAGGGUAAAGAAUUUAGAUUACAAAAGAAAUCAAUGUGGGAUAUAGUUUCAUAUUGUAUUUUCGAUGUUGGACAUGAACCUAUUGAUGGUCAAAAAUCAACUAAAAAAACAUCAAUCAUUGCAGGUCCAUAUCCAAGAUGGAGUUAUAAAACAAAAGUUACAAUUAAAUCAAGCGAACCACAAAAAACAUUAUACUUUAAAGUAUUUAAUCAAGAAUCAACUUUAUCAAUAACUCCUUCAGGUGGUAGUAGUGGUAGUGGUAGUGGUAGUAGUGGUAGUAAUAAUAUAAAUAAUAAUAUAAAUAAUAAUAACAGCAAUAAUAAUAAUAGUAAUAUAAAUAACGGUGGUAGUGGUAUUUUAGAUGAUAAUAAUAGUGGUAGUGUUACAAUUAACACCAAAGAUUGUAAAGUAGAUUUAAUUGGAUCUUGUUCUGUUGAUAUCGAUAAAUUACAAAUUACAAAUCAAUCUCCAACUUUGCAUGUAUUACAUUUAGAACCUGAAGGUUCUGGUGAAAUCUUAAUUUCAUUAUUAUUAUUGUAA